AUGACGCCUCGUUCGGGGACCUUCGACGCCUCGGCGUCUGCGUCUGACGCCGCGUCGGUCUUUCCGCGACCGCCUUCGCCGAGUGUCUCCGCGCCCUGCUGCGUGUGCAUGGCCGCCGCGGAGACGGCUGGAGAGGACGCCGCGCAGGGCUCGGGGAACGACCUCGCAGCGGAAGCCAAGGCGCUCGGGUUCGAGCUCGUCCAGCACUUUUCGCUCAAAGCCAUCUGCAUCCAAGAAUGGAGAUGCAUCCACACGGAGCUCAGAGUCCUCGUCUGCCGCAUUGCCUCGCCUCUAUGCAACCUGUACGCGACCCUCCCCACCGAGGCGCACACUGACGAAGGCCUGCCGCACACCCUCGAGCAUCUCGUCUUCCUAGGCAGCCGCCGCUAUCCAUACAAGGGCGUGUUGGAUUUCCUCGCCAACCGCUGCCUCUCGCAAGGCACGAACGCGUGGACGGCGACCGACCACACCACGUACACACUCACAACGGCGGGAAGCGAGGGACUUCUGAAUCUCUUGCCGGUCUACCUCGAUCACCUGAUGCUGCCGACGCUUCAGGAGAACGCCUUCAAAACCGAAGUUCACCACCUGACGCGCGAGGCUGGCAGCGCAGGGGUCGUGUACUCAGAGAUGGAGGCGCGCGAGCGCCAGGCCUCGUCGGUGCUGUAUCGCAAACUGGUUGAGCUGCUUUAUCCGGGCGAGAGCGGCUACCGCUACGAGACGGGCGGACUCAUGGAGCAAAUCCGCCGAACUUCCAUUGAACGCGUUCGCGAAUUUCACAAGAACUUUUACAAGUGGAGCAACUUGUCGUUGAUUUUCACUGGUAUCUUUGACGGCGCGCUGCUUCUGCGCACGGUGCGCGACGCGGUGGAGAAGAUCGAGGAGGCGCGGCUGCAGCCACCGGCGCGUCGCUCCGCAGCCUCAGCGACGACGGCGGCGCUCGACGCGGCGAUUGCGGCGGCGGUGGGUGCGCCUGAGCACGCCGAGCGCCUCCUGGGCUUCUCCGGGUCGCGCCCUUGGACUGACGCGCGCAACUUCGCGGCUCCGGCUGCGCGGGCGGGCGGCGACGCGGCAUGUGGCAGCGCGGCAGGUGACAGCGCGUCCUCCUCAGCGGCGUUUCAUCGCGUGGCGUUCCCAGCCGACGACGCAGAGAGCGGGCGGGUGGCGCUGGCGUGGCGCGGGCCUGCGUGGGGGGACGUGGAGGCGCGCGAGGCCGUCGACAUCCUCGGCAGCUACCUUUCCGAGGGUAACGUGGCGCCGCUGCAGCGCGCACUCGUCCAGUGCGACGACCCCGUCUGCGCGAGCGUGGACUUCUCCUCGGAGAACUUCAAAGUGACCUCCUUCUUCCUGGAGGCCGCCGACGUCCGCCUCCUCGACGCCAAACCCGCCGCCGCCGCGCAGGCCGCGAAGAACGGCGCCUCUCCGGGCGGUGCCGACGGCGCGACUCUGGGGGGGCAGAGCGCCUGCAAGAAGCAGAAGCGCGAGGAAGGGCGUGACGAAGAGGACGCCGCACGCGAAGAAGUGACGGCGGGCGGCGCGGAAUCCAGCCAGCUCGAGGCCGUCGGGAAGCGCAUGCGAGAACUCAUCGCCAAAGAAGCUGACGGUCCCCUCGACCUCGCCAGAAUCCGCACGCUCUUGAGACGCGAACUCCUCCAGUUCUACCGCGCGCUGGAAACCAGCCCACACGACACCAAAGCCCGAGUCCUUCUGGCGCGCGGAGCUGCGUCGCUGGUUCCUCGGCGAUGCGCGGUCUGCGGCCGCUUCCUCAGUUGGCGUGACAUGCUACCCAAGCACGUCGCUGUCGGGUCAACUGCAUCGCGAAGACAAGGCGCGCGAGGCGGCGCUGCGGGAGAGGAUCGGCGACGCGAACCUGGAGGAGUUGACGAAGGCCAUCGAGGCCAUCAAGGAGAGCCAAAAACAGCCUCCGCCGCAGGAGGUGCUCCUGUCGGUCCCCGUGGCGAGCAUCGACCGCGUCUUCCUCCCCCCAAGGCGCCGCUGACCAACUUUGACGCGCCAGACGAACCUGCGAACGCGCCGGCAGCCGAUGCGGAGAAGCAGCCGCAACAGCAGCGGGGCGCGGAGGCCGCGAUCGCCGACUUGCCCUUUCUUCUGCAGCUCGACGCGCAGGCGACGGACUUCGUGCAGAUCAAAUUGCUGUCGCGUCUGCCCGAGUCGCUCACGGCCCACGAGCGCCAGGCGCUGCUGCUGCUCGCCGACCUUAUCUUUGAGUGCGACGUCCUCUUCCCCGCCUCGCUGGCGGCGCUGCUCGAUCUCGCGCCCGCGGCGCCCGCGCCGGCGGCAGGCGACGGCGUAGCAGCAGACGCCUGCCCCGACGGGUACGUGCGCGUCUCUUACGAGAAGCUGACGCAGCUCUUGUUCGCGCACACGACCUCGAAUGCGGCCGGCUUCGGCUUCUACGCCGACAGCGGCGCAGGCGCGGGCUCCGCGUCGCUGCUGUGCGACCUCUUCACGCUCUCCGUCACCGCGCCCGCGGACAGGUACUACCAGGCGCUCGCGCUGGUGUUUGGCGUCCUCUGUGGCCUGCAGAUCGAGAGUCGCCGCGUGGCAGUGCAUGUCAAGCGCCACCUGAAGCAGUUGGUGCGCAAAAAGCGCUCAGCCAAGUUCCUGGUUCAGCAGCUCGAGAACGGCCUGCGCUACUCGCGCGCCUCGGUGCCCAAUGCCUGCGGCUGGGGCCAGCAGCUCGCCGCCAUGAAGCGCAUGCAGCGGGACCUGCGCGCGGCGACUGAGACGCUCGUUCGCGUUUACCGCCGACUCUUCCAGCAGGCCGGCUUCUGCGUCCACGUCGUCGCCGACCUCGCGCAGCUCCCGGCGAACUGGCAGCAACCCUGGAGCGCCCUGGAGGGGCUGCUGGCUGCCGACCGCCCCAAGCUGAUUCAGCUGCCGCUGAGCUCGCAGGCGGGCGGCGCCGGCGACGCCGCGGGCUGCGCGAAGGACGCGCAGCAGCCACGCAGCGAGGCGCGGAUGGGGCGCAGCAAGCGCUUCGCUCCCGUCGCGGAGGUGUUGAACGUCCAGCCGUCCGCCGCGGCAAACAUCUUCGCCGGCGGGCCCUGCGCAGCGGAGGAAGAAGCCGACGCGCGAGAAGGAAAGACCUGGCGACUCGCCUGCGGCAUCGGCAGCAGCGACUCUGGCCACGUGCUCGUGUCGGUCAAGGCGCCCGUCGGCUACGAGAACGAGCAGCUCGCCGCGAUCUCCGUCAUGGCUGAGUGCUGCUCCAUGAUGGAAGGGCUCCUCUUUCGCACCGUGCGCGGCGCAGGUUUUGCGUACGGCUGCGACCUGUCCUACUCGCCAUGGCAGGGGCAGCUCACGCUGCGGCUGUCGCCAGCCACGAAUCCGGCGGCGGCCGCCAGGGCCGUGGUGGACGCCUUCGAGAGUCGAGUGAAGGCCUCGAAGGAGUCCGGUGCACGUAUUUUCUCCGACGAAGAAAUCGUCGCUGGAAAGUGCGGCACGCUCUUCUCCAUCGUCAGCCGCGAAGAAACGCAGAGCUGCCAGGCCGCUCAGUCGCUCGUCUGGCCUCUGCGCGGUCGCUCUCGUGACGAAAAUCGCCGCAUGCUGGCGGCGGUGGCGGCGACGACAGCGGAGGAAGUCGAGGCGGCCGCUCAGACGUACCUACACGCCAUCGUCCUCGCGCUUACUGGCUCCGAGGAGGAGCGCGAGAGCGUCGGCGGCACAGUCUGCAUCGUGACAAACAAAAAGAAGGUGGAGGGAACCGUGAAGGAGCUCGAGGCCGCGAAGAUCAAAGUCGAGGCAGUGCCGACUGAAGGCACGCUGCGCAGCCUGCAGCUGGCGCCGGGCGAGAAGCUGAGCGACCUGGGCGAAGAGGAAGAAGAGGCUGCGGAAAGCGGAGAGGACGGCGAAGACGACGACGAAAACGACGAUGACGAUGACGAUGAAGAAGACGAAGACGACGAUGACGAAGAUGCGGAUGAAGAAGACCAAUGCUGCGGCGGCCACGAGCGUGGAUCGCACUGCGCACACUAG